AUGGUUCACGUGUUCGUAACCGUUACAAUCCAAUAUCUCCAAAGUUUUCAAAAACUGUGGGCGAAGCAGAGUUUAAGGCGCAACAGUCCUUUGAGAUUUUCAGCUGUAGAUGAUCGAGUUCGUGAACCUGCCAACAAUGCUUCCUCUCCGGUGGCGUUAGCAGAGGAGCACAAAGAAGAUCACUCCAACAACAAUGGUCCCCCUUCUCCGGAAAGCACUGAUGAAGAAGAUGAAGAGAAAUCUAAGCAGCAAGAGAUGGACUGGAAGACGGACGAGGAGUUCAAGAAGUUCAUGGGGAAUCCAUCAAUAGAAGCUGCUAUAAAGCUUGAGAAGACAAGAACUUAUCGUAAGCUGAAAGAGCUGAACAGAGAGAGCAAUAAUGAGAAUCCAAUCAUCAGAAUAUUCAACAGCUUGGCUCGUGAUAGUUCGGUUAGAGAGAAAGAACGGCUUGAGAAGGCAGAAGAGGCUUUCAAAGCUCUUGAUCUCAACAAGUUAAAGAGCUGUUUUGGUUUCGAUACGUUUUUCGCUACGGACGUACGUCGGUUUGAAGAUGGAGGAAUCUUCAUUGGGAAUCUGAGAAAACCUAUUGAUGAGGUCACACCUAAGCUUGAAGCAAAGCUUUCUGAAGCAGCGGGACGUGAUGUUGUCGUCUGGUUUAUGGAAGAGAAGUCCAAUGAGAUCACAAAUAGGUCAUAA